AUGAAAAGUGUACCAUUAGCUAAAGUGUCUAUUUUGGGUAAUGAUACUAUCCAUGUUGGUUACGAUAUACAUACCCAUAUAGUGGAAACCAUCAUUAGCAAAUGUAAAUCUUCUACUUAUGCCAUUAUUAAUGAUUCAAAUGUAAACAAAUUACCAUAUUUGCAAACCAUUGUUAAUGAAUUCAAUGAAAAAUUACCCCAGGGAUCACGUCUCUUAAGAUACAUAACUAAACCAGGUGAAGCUAAUAAAACAAGAGCUACUAAAGAAAAAGUCGAGGAUUACUUGUUGUCUCAAGGAUGUACAAGAGACACAGUGAUCAUUGCUGUUGGUGGUGGUAUAAUAGGUGAUAUGAUCGGUUAUGUGGCUUCCACUUUCAUGAGAGGCGUCCGUGUAGUCCAUAUUCCAACUUCUCUAUUAGCUAUGGUAGAUUCAUCCAUCGGUGGUAAAACUGCCGUGGACACUCCAUUGGGUAAAAAUUUCAUUGGUUCCUUUUGGCAACCUCAAUUUGUCUUAGUUGAUAUUAAAUGGUUAGAGACUCUGCCAAAAAGAGAGUUUAUCAACGGGAUGGCAGAAGUUAUUAAAACAGCCUGUAUCUGGGAUGCUGCUGAAUUUAAUAGAUUAGAAGAAAAUGCUAAUCUUUUCUUAUCUGUCGUCAAUUCUCAAGAGGAAAUCUCCACUGUCAAUGAAACCACAGGCGACGUUUAUAACAUCUUUCAUACUAACAUCGUUGAUAUGUUAGAACAUACCUAUAAAUUGGUUCUUGGUAGUAUUCAAGUUAAAGCCGAAGUCGUAUCAUCUGAUGAACGUGAAUCAGGCUUAAGAAACUUAUUAAAUUUUGGUCACACCAUUGGCCAUGCUUAUGAAGCUAUUCUAACUCCACAGGCUUUACAUGGUGAAUGUGUCUCUUUUGGGAUGAUCUUCGAAGCUGAAUUGUCACGUUAUUUAGGUAUUUUGUCACCAACGCAGGUAGCACGUCUAUCGAAAAUUUUAGCAGCUUAUGGUCUACCAAUCUCCCCUGAGGAAAAAUGGUUUAAAGACUUAACCUUACAAAAGAAAACAUCGAUUGAUACUUUACUUGCAAAGAUGGCUAUUGACAAGAAAAACGAUGGUUCCAAAAAGAAAUGUGUUCUAUUGGAGACAAUUGGUAAAUGUUAUGGUACUUCUGCUCAUUGUGUCAGUGAUGAAGAUUUAAGAUUUGUUUUAACUGACGAAACAUUAGUGUACCCAUUUAAAUAUAAUCAAAAGGGUCAGAAGCCACAUGUCAUCAUACCACCAGGUUCUAAAUCUAUAUCUAAUCGUGCUUUGGUUUUAGCUGCUCUAGGUAAAGGUCAAUGUAAAAUCAAGAAUCUUUUACAUUCUGACGAUACUAAACAUAUGUUAAACGCUGUCAAUAAGUUAAAUGGUGCUCAAAUAUCAUGGGAAAACGAUGGUGAAGUUGUUGUAGUUCAGGGUCAAGGUGGUGAAACUUUGACUGCUUGUAAAGAAGAAUUAUAUUUGGGUAAUGCAGGUACAGCUUCUAGAUUCUUGACAACUGUAGCUGCUCUAGUACAAUCAUCAAAGGAUCAAGAUCACAUCAUCUUAACUGGUAACGCAAGAAUGCAGCAAAGACCAAUUGGCCCAUUAGUCGAUUCAUUACGUUCUAAUGGUGUUAAAAUUGAUUAUCUUAACAAUGAAGGUUCUUUACCACUAAAAGUUUACACAAAUUCUCAAUUUAAAGGUGGUAGAAUCGAAUUGGCUGCUACUGUUUCAUCUCAAUAUGUUUCAUCUAUUUUAAUGUGUGCUCCAUAUGCUGAAGAACCAGUUACUUUGGCUUUGGUCGGUGGAAAACCAAUCUCUCAAUUAUACGUUGACAUGACCAUUAAGAUGAUGGAAAAAUUUGGUAUUAAAGUGGAACCAUCAAAGACUGAACCAUAUACAUAUCAUAUUCCAAAGGGACAAUAUGUUAAUCCACCUGAGUAUGUUAUUGAAAGUGAUGCCUCAAGUGCUACAUAUCCAUUGGCCUUUGCUGCUUUAACUGGAUCCACUGUCACUAUUCCUAACAUAGGUUAUGAGUCAUUACAAGGUGAUGCUAGGUUUGCAGUUGACGUUUUAAGACCAAUGGGCUGUACUGUAGAACAAACCGCAACCUCAACUACUGUUACAGGACCAAAAAGAGGCGGCUUAAAACCAUUGAAACAUGUUAAUAUGGAACCAAUGACGGACGCAUUUUUAACUGCAUGUGUUGUAGCAGCUGUGGCACAUGAUGAUGAUCCAACCUCUAGUAACACCACUACUAUUGAAGGUAUUGCAAAUCAAAGAGUUAAAGAAUGUAACAGAAUUGAGGCUAUGGCUACUCAAUUGGCUAAAUUUGGUGUCAAGACUACUGAAUUACCAGAUGGUAUUCAAGUUCAUGGUCUCAAUGAUAUUUCUAACUUGAAACUGCCUUCUGACUCUACCGGUCCAAUAGGUAUCUGUACAUAUGAUGAUCAUCGUGUGGCAAUGAGUUUCUCCUUAUUAGCGGGUCUUGUGGAUGCUGAUAAUACACCAGUAAGAAUACUAGAAAGACAUUGUACUAGUAAGACUUGGCCAGGUUGGUGGGAUGUUUUACAUACACAAUUAGGUGCAAAAUUAGAUGGUGCUGAACCAAUAGAAAAUCAACUUAAGAAAUCCAACAAAAGCAUUGUUAUCAUUGGUAUGAGAGCUGCUGGUAAAACUACCAUUAGUAAGUGGUGUGCAGCUACUCUUGGUUACAAAUUAGUCGAUUUAGAUGAAUUAUUUGAAAAAGAAUAUGCAAAAUGUCCUAUAAAGGAUUAUGUAGCUGAGCAUGGUUGGGAAAAAUUCCGUAAAGAAGAAACUAGAAUCUUUGAAGAAGUCAUUGCAAAGCAUGGCGAUGACGGCUAUGUUUUCUCCACUGGUGGCGGAAUUGUGGAAACACCUGCUAAUAGAGAAGCAUUGAAAAAUUUUGCUCAAGCUGGUGGCAUUGUCUUACAUUUACAUAGAGACAUAGAAGAAACUAUUAUAUUCCUAAAAUCUGAUCCAACAAGGCCUGCUUUUGUUGAACAAAUAAGAGAGGUUUGGGAAAAGAGAGAACAAUGGUACAAUGAGUGUUCCAAUUAUACUUUCUUUGCGCCACACUGUACCACACAGCUUGAUUUCCAGAAAUUAAGAAUGACUUUCUCUAAGUUUAUUAAUUUUAUUACUGGUAAUAGCCCAGUUGUUAUUCCAACCAAGAGAUCUGCUUUUGUUUGCUUAACCUUUGAUGAUUUAACCGAACACACUAAUAAAUUAUCAGAAAUAUGUUAUGGCUGUGAGGCAGUUGAACUUAGAGUUGAUCAUCUUGUUAAGCAUGAUUCUGAUUUUAUUGCUAGACAAAUAUCUACAUUAAGAUUAGCAACAGAAAGUUUACCAAUAGUUUUCACUGUUAGAACUAAGCAACAAGGUGGUAAAUUCCCAGAUGAUUCGUCUGAAGCUCUUUCCAACCUAUUCUCGCUUGCUAUCAAGGCUGGUGUGGAAUAUAUAGAUUUAGAAUUAACUUUUCCAACUGAAGUUCAAUAUGAAUUAUUGAAUAGCAAAUGUAAUACUAAAAUUAUUGGUUCUCAUCAUGAUUUCAGCGCAGCUUUUCCAUGGGAUGAUUCAGAAUGGGAAAACAGAUAUAACCAAGCUUUGUCAUUGGAUGUUGAUAUUAUCAAAUUUGUUGGUACAGCUACUAAAUUUGAAGAUAAUUUAGCAUUAGAAAGAUUCAGACAUGCUCAUACAUUAAAGCCUUUGAUUGCCAUCAAUAUGACUGAAGUUGGUAAGAUCUCUCGUGUUUUUAAUACUAUCCUUACUCCAGCUACAUCUACAUUAAUAGAUAAUGUAGCUGCCCCAGGUCAAUUAACUGUUUCUGAGAUUAACAAAAUUUACACUUCAAUUGGUGGUAUAAUUCCAAAAGAAUUCUUUGUUGUCGGUAGUCCAAUAGGACAUUCUAGAUCACCAAUUCUACACAAUACUGGUUAUGAGAUCUUAGGCUUACCACACAGGUUUGAUAAGUUUGAAACGGAAUCUGCUGAAUUAGUUAAAGAGAAAUUAUUAGAUGGUAACAAGAAUUUAGGUGGUUUAGCCGUUACAAUUCCACUAAAAUUAGAUAUUAUGAAAUAUAUGAAUGAAUUGACCGAUGCUGCAAAAACAAUUGGUGCAGUUAAUACUGUUAUCCCAUUAGGUCAAGGUAAAUUUAGAGGUGAUAAUACUGAUUGGUUAGGUAUUACUAAUUCUUUUAUUAAUAAUGGUGUCCCAACUUGUGUUUCAGGUACUGCAGGCCUUAUUAUCGGCGCUGGUGGCACUUCCAGAGCAGCUGUAUAUGCUUUGAAGAAAUUAGGUUGUACUAAGAUAUACCUGGUUAAUAGAAGCCAUCAAUCAAUGGUCACAUUGAAGGAAUCUUUCCCAGUGGACUAUAAUAUUCAUUUGAUCAAUACUGUAGAAGAAGCUGAAGAUGUUACUGACUCUAUAUCUGUUGCUGUUAGUUGUAUUCCAGCAGAUAAGCCGUUGCCAGAUGAACUAAUUAAUAAAGUAGAACGUUUCUUAUCCAAGGGUACAAGAGUCUCUUUUAUUCCUACAUUGUUAGACGCUGCUUAUAAACCAAGCGUAACUUCAUUGAUGAAAUUGGCUAGCAGCAAAUUUCAAUGGAAUAUAGUUCCAGGCGCACAAAUGUUAGUUUAUCAAGGUGUAGCCCAAUUUGAGAUAUGGACAUCAAUGAAACCACCAUUUCAUGCAAUCUUCGAAGAAGUUACCUAUGACUAA